AUGCCUGCAUCUGGAGCAAUAGCAUUCCUCGCUGAUUUUCCACCUUCGGACUGCUUGGUGCCCUGGAGGAGGUUACCGCUCAGCGACGCUGUGUACAGCAGAACAAAGCGCUGCCUGGUCGGGACCCUUCUCACAGGUUUCUCCGACUUUGAGGAUAAUUUUCAAUCUAUGACCAGCGGCCCGAUGAUUUCCAGUGACUUGCUAUUUGGGAUUAUCUUCCUCCUCCAAACUGGCGCUGGACUCCUGGGGAAUUCCUCACUGCUGUGCCUUUAUCUGUCCUUCUUACUGGCUGGACACAAACUGAAGCCUGUCGACCGGAUUCUCAACCACCUGUGUGCAGCCAAUACUUUGGUGCUUCUUUCUAAGGGGAUCCCUCAGACCGUGGCAGCUCUGGGGCCUAAAGAUUUCCUUGGUGACAUGAGUUGUAAACUCCUCUUCUACUUUCAUCGCGUGGCUCGGGGGACCUCCCUCUGCACCACGUGCCUCCUGAGUUGCUUCCAGGCCCUCACCAUCAACUCCAGCGCGCCCAGGUGGGCGGAGCUCAAAAGAAAAGCCUCGGAGCACGUUGUAUCGUCCUGCUUCACCUGUUGGCUCCUCAAUCUUCUACUACAAAUUGUGACUAUUUUAAAUGUAACCGGACCACGCCCUGACCGGAACUCUACCCUGGACACUCGUUAUGUGUACUGCACUAGUAACUUCCGGCAGUCACUGAGCAUCGUGCUCUAUGCCCUCCUGCUGGCCGCCGUCGAGUUUGCUUUCAUUGCACUCAUGGUCUGGGCCAGUGGCGCCAUGAUGCUUACUUUGUCCAGCCACAGGCAGCAAGUCCAACACAUUCAGAGCAAGCACUUCUCGCACCAAAGCUCCCCCGAGACCAGAGCCACCCACACCGUCCUGGUGAUGGUGAUCAUCUUCGUCUCCUCUUAUUUCCUCUCGUCCAUCUUGGCAUUUUACUUGGCGCUCAUUGGUAAAGCAAGUGCCAGGAUGUACAACGUCAGCACGUUUGUGGCUGCAUGUUUCCCCACCUGUAGUUCCUUUGUGCUGAUCAGCAGAUUCAUCCAGAUGUCUAGGCUCAGUUUUGCUUGGCAGAUGAGUAAAAUAAAUUUUCCUAAGCUGUAG